GUUGUUGGUGCAAAAAAAAGACAGAAACCAAAAUAAACAAUCACGAGUGUUUUUAAGGUUUUUGAUUUAUUGGACACUUUUUUCAUUAUUUCUUUGAUUUGUUUUUAUUUUAGUUUGUUGAAAUUUGUAGUGAAUUUCUUCAAUGAUGCCUUGGCACUUUGACAACGCUACUCUGCGUAAAUCACCUUCAAUACUUGAUGGCAUUCCGUUUGAUAAAGAGCAGCGAUAUAGAAGAGAGGGGGCUCGUUUUAUUAUUAAAGUUGGUACAAAAAUGAAUCUUCGUUAUGAUACUAUGGCCACUGGUGUUGUUUACUUCCAUCGGUUUUACAUGUGUCACUCGUUCAAACAGUUUCCUCGCUUUAUGACUGCCUGUUCAUGCUUAUUUCUAGCCGGUAAAGUUGAAGAGACGCCAAAAAAGUGUAAAGAUAUCAUUAAAACAGCGAGGCCAUUUUUAACUGAAACACAGUUUAGCCAGUUCGGUGAGGACCCCAAAGAAGAAGUGUUGACGUUGGAAAGGAUUCUUCUACAAACCAUCAACUUCGAUUUACAAGUUGACCAUCCCUAUUCUUAUUUGAUAAAAUAUGCCAAGAGCAUAAAAGGUGAUAAAGAUAAGCUUCAAAAAGUCGUUCAAAUGGCUUGGACUUUUAUUAAUGACAGCUUGUGUACAACCCUUUGUCUUCAAUGGGAACCAGAAAUCAUUGCCAUUGCCUUGUUUUUCCUCGCUGGUAAAUUAUCACGUUUUGAUGUUGUCGACUGGGAAGGAAGGCUGCCUCAUCAUAGACGUUGGUGGGAUGCAUUUGUUGAAGAUUUAACUGUAGAGCUUUUAGAGGAUAUUUGCCAUCAAGUUUUAGAUCUUUAUUCAUUUCCAAUUCCAGAUACGCCACAAGAUUCUCCUCCAGCAAGUCCAACUCCGCCAUCUACAACAAAUGUUAUAACGAGCUCUGCACCUAUGAUGGCUGCUUCACAAUCAUUACCAUUUCCACCUCCUCCACCACCACCACCACUUCUUGCACCUCCACCACCACCACCACCGCUUCUUCUUCCCCCCAAUGCGCCGUCAAUGCUUACUUCCCAGCUAGCGCAACUCAGAUCACAAAUCGGGCUCCAUGACAGUAUUCCCAAUUGCCCCCGUUUCCCGCUUGCCUCAUUUCACUCCUUUUACCACCACAAACAAUACUUUUCUUAAAUCAGCUCUGCAACCUGUAAGAUUAAUUCUGUGAUUGGUAAUUCACUCAUGAUUCGCACAAUUUGCUUACAAAAAUAAAUGUGCAAAAUCAAAUUA